GUUUCUCAGCUGUAGGAAACUCGGUUUCUUUUUUUUUCUUUCGUCUCUUUAUUUUUCCUUUUUUUGGUCUUCUUCGUGUACACCAUGUCUACAAAAGAGACGCCUGUCGACCCCAAGCCUGAGCAGGAAAAGGAUAAUAAGCCGACGAAGCCUGCAGAAAAAGAGAAUGCGGAAUCGAAGGUGGUGAAUCCUGAUGAUCUCAUCGACGUGCAUACAUUUGAUCAGCUUUUGGACAUGGAUGACGAGGACGAUCACGAAUUUUCAUACAGCAUUGUCGUGAAUUACUUUGAACAAGCCGAGGCAACAUUUGACGAUAUGGAUUCCGCACUAGAGAAGAAAGAUCUUCCUGAACUUUCUCGACUGGGGCAUUUUCUCAAGGGAAGUUCUGCGGCCAUCGGUUUGAAAAAGGUCAAGGCGACCUGUGAAAAGAUUCAGAACAUCGGCAAUUGUCAAGAUGACACAGGCAACGGUCAGUUGGACAAAGAGGAUGCUUUGGAGAAGAUCACGCCUUUGCUUCCCCAAGUAAAGGAAGAAUAUGCUGAGGCGAAGGAAUAUUUGGAGAACUUCUAUGACGUCCAGGAAGCCCGAUAAUGUAGUGACGAUACAGAAACAAAGAAAGAAAGAAAGAAAACAUUACAUAUAUACACACAACCCAACUGAAAAAAAAGGUUCAAAAAAUACAAUCAUCGUCUUCGCUUCGAACUAACAGAUGUGGGUGGAUAACAGCAAAACAUGAAAGAUCAUCCCUAGGAACUCGACAACGGCUCAUUCUAUGCGCUUAGUUUAUUUUUCUCCCCUUUUUAUCCGUUAUUCUGCAUGAUAAGAGCCUGAUUUGCUUUUACAAAUAAGAAAGUCUUCCAUUUUGUGUUCUUUUUUUUUUCUUUUUU